AUGAAAGAGCGCACGCAAAGAACCGGAGAGACGGCGGAGGGAUACAUCCGUACACUGCACGAGUUGGCAGACACCUGCGCUUUUGGCGAGGUAAAAGAGGAGAAUAUCCGUGACAGAUUGGUUAUAGGAAUUCUGGAUAAAGAUUUGUCCGAGAAGCUGCAAAUGAUGCCUGAUUUAACCCUGAACAGAGCCGUGGAGCUCGUGAGGCAGUCUGAGCAAGUUAAACAACACAAGUCUGACAGCCAUGAUAAGAAACUGGAGGAGAUUUGCAUCACAACGUGUGCCACGGAGAGUAAGCUAGUCGACAUUGCUUGCCGCAUUAGCAACGUGGAAGGUUGCCUGGGGUUUCUGGAGGACGCACAGGAAAGGCUGGAGGCCUUCAAAGAGGUUGAAGUGCUCAGGGAGAAGCUGGAUGAUGUGGAAAAUCGUGAACGUAGAUGUAACCUACGCUUCGUUGGAUUCCCCGAGUCGUGUGAGAAUAAUGAUGCUGUCGCUUUCCUGGAGGGAAUCAUUCCGACGCUGUUUGACAUUGACUUCGCCAAAGGAUUGGAGAUUGACAGAGCACAUAGACUUGGAGCCAUUCCUAGACGCCAGGAUGGUGACCAGUCCACCCGCCCCAGAGCCAUAAUAGCAAGAUUUCUGAGAUUUCAGGAUCGCGAGCGCAUCGCUGAAGCUGCACGGAAGAAGGGGAAUGUCAUUUGGGGAGGACGACGCAUUAUGGUCUUCCCGGAUUACUCCAGGAUGCUGAACGAAAAACGGGCUAAGUUUAAGGACUGUAAGAAACUUUUACAUGAUAAGAACAUUUGUUUUUCACUCAACUACCCAGCUGUGCUUGUGGUGAAGACUGCACAGGGACCCAUGCGUUUUGAAGACCACAAGAGAGCCAUUUCGUUUAUCCACUUGCUGAACUGA